AUGGCAUUAGGGUUUGAGGGUUAUAGUUAUACAACAACACUUGGAAGGAAAAGGGUUGUGUUAUUACACAAUGAAGCUUCUAAUCUCAACUACAAUACAUUGGUGAAUCCAUUGAAGAGAAGAAUGAGUAGUGAGAAAUUCACUUUUGACUCUAAAAGGUCUCGCCUUGAGGCUUUUCCUGUUGAUGUUCUGUGUUGGGGUUUGCUAUUGCUGGCUGAGGUCGCUAGGAGGAUGCAUUUUGAGUAUAGCACUCCAAAGAACAUAACCUUAGCUAUUCCUAAAUCGUUUGAUAUAGAGGGUGCUACUAGGCUUGAGGAAAUUAACACUCCAAAAGCCCCAUUUAGGAAACCUAAGUUAAAGCCGAUUGGUAAAAAUUUGGCAAGCAUCCCAGUGGCAUUGUUUGCUUCCACUAAUUAA